GAGCCAUCUCGCGUCAGUUGGGCUGCGCGCCCCCCCAGGCGCCCCUGCAGGCCCCGCCCCUGCCUCCUCCCCUCUCCGCUCGCUGCUCCCGGAGUAGUUGGUGCCAGUGAAGUGAGGGCGGCGAUGAGAGCGAAAGUUGCGCUCGGCUCGUCGCUGGGGGCUUGAAGCGGUUCCGCGCUCUACCCGUCUGGGCCUCCCCCGACUCGGACUCGCGCCCGUGGGCUCCCGUAGCGCCCGCCCGGCUCCGCGCCGGCCCCGCGCCCCCUCCCCCGGCUCGGCGCCCCCUCCUCAGGAGCCGCGGGUCCCCGCCACUUUCGCACGGCCCCGGCCCCCGCCGAUGCCGGCCAUGGUGGAGAAGGGCCCCGAGGUCUCAGGGAAGCGGAGAGGGAGGAACAACGCGGCCGCCUCCGCCGCCGCCGCCGCCGCCGCCGCCGCCUCGGCCGCCUGCGCCUCGCCAGCCGCCACUGCCGCCUCGGGCGCCGCCGCCUCCUCCGCCUCGGCUGCCGCCGCCUCGACCGCCGCCACCCCCAAUAAUGGCCAGAAUAAAAGUUUGGCGGCGGCGGCCCCCAAUGGCAACAGCAGCAGCAACUCCUGGGAGGAAGGCAGCUCGGGCUCGUCCAGCGACGAGGAGCACGGUGGCGGUGGCAUGAGGGUCGGACCCCAGUACCAGGCGGUGGUGCCCGAUUUCGACCCCGGUGAGUAGCGGCCCCGGGCGGCCGGCGGCGG